GGCUCAGCCUUCCUCUCCGCUAAUGGUAAAUUGAAUCACGAUAAAACAUGGCAGACGAUCAAAGUUCCUUAAAUGAAGGCAAGAAGAGCAGAUUCAGAAAAGAAAAACCCUGGGAUCAUGAAGGUAUAGAUCAUUGGAAGAUUGAAAAGUUUACAGAGGAGGACAAUAAGCAUUUACUCCUUGAAGAAAGUUCUUUUGCGACUUUGUUCCCAAAGUACAGAGAAAAAUAUUUACGUGAAGUAUGGCCACUUGUGGAGGCUAAAUUAAAGGAAUCGGGCAUAAAAUGUCAGUUAGAUGUUAUCGAGGGAAGCAUGAGUGUCUACACGACACGAAAAACCUGGGAUCCAUUUAUAAUCAUAAAAGCUCGCGACAUGAUAAAGUUGAUGGCGAGGAGUGUUCCUUAUGAACAGGCUAUCAGAGUUUUACAUGACGACGUGUCAUGUGACAUCAUCAAGAUUGGAUCUCUCGUUCGUAAUAAAGAAAGAUUUGUGAAACGUCGACAAAGACUCAUUGGACCUAAUGGUGCGACAUUGAAGGCUUUAGAGCUUCUUACUGAAUGUUACAUUAUGGUACAAGGUAACACGGUUGCUGUCCUGGGUUCAUAUAAAGGAUUAAAAUCGGCUCGAAAAGUUAUUGAAGAUACGAUGAAAAAUGUUCAUCCAAUCUACAACAUAAAGACGUUAAUGAUUAAAAGAGAGUUAGCGAAAAAUCCAGCUUUAAGGAAUGAAUCUUGGGAUAGAUUUCUACCCAAGUUCAAGAAAAACACGAUGCAACAUCGAAAGAAACCAAAGAAAAUGAAGAAAGUUUACACGCCGUUUCCACCACCGCAGACAGAAAGCAAGAUUGACAAACAGCUUGCCAGCGGAAACUUUUCAAAAUCUGUUUAAAAGUUAACACAACUUAGCAAAAAUUAUAUAAUAUUCUUAUUAAGUUACAUAAGAGUUGUGUAAUUCCAUCAAGAUAAUUUAUAAAUAUUAUACUCCAUAGCUACAAAA